AGCUAAACGAAGAAGAAGACCAGGAAGGGGUAGAGGACUAGUAAGCCUGUUUGUUUCAGUGCAAGUUUGUGAAACGAGUGCGCUAGUUCCUAUGGGCUAGAUUCGUGGUUAUUGAUAAGUUGUGCUGACGUCCAACAUGUCGAGUCGCGCUCUACGUAGGCUGAAGGGCGAACAACGCGCUCAGGCCGUGUUACAAGAGCACGAGCUUAUUAAGGAAGAUGACAAAGAUGAAGAAGAGCAGAUGAAGAUUGCCGAACAAACAACCCGUAAACCGAGGAACUUCAGCAGCUUAUUUGAACUGAUAGGAGAGGCUGAUGUGGAAGCAUGUCUGUCAGAUGUGGAACAGGCAGAAAAAAACAGUGAUGGACAACAAGAAGCUCAUCUGGGGAAAGAUGCUGAAAAGAAAGAGAAAUCAAACAAAAAGAAGAAGAAGAAGAAGAAAAAUAAGGAUUCAGCUAUAAGCGAUGAUUUUGGCACCGAAGAUGGUAUUGAUGCUCUAUUAGAAAUUCCUGAGAAGAGCAAAGGCUUGUCUUGUCAAAGUGCUGAGAAUAGUGCUUCUGAACGCAGACCCGUACUGUAUGUUGAACACAGGAAUUUGAAUUCAGAGACAGAGCUGAAGAGGUUUUUUGGAGCACGGGCUGUUCUUGGACACCAGAGAUCAAAACAGAGGCAGAGACAGUUUCAUCGAUGCACUUGGAUGACUGUUUUUAAAGACACUUGGCCCCGCUUUAGUCGACCAGGUAUCUCAAUGAGUCUAGUGGAGUCUAAAGAUGGAGUUCAGCAUUUCACAUUUGAACAUAAUCAUGACUAUCAGCAAGUUCAGUUCAAGUUUUUUGAGGUGGUGGAGUCAAUGGACCCUAAUAACAUUGUGGUUCUCCUACAGAUCAACCCAUAUCAUAUCGAUUCACUUUUGCAGCUGUCAGAUGUAUGUCGUAUGCAGGAAGAUCAAGAGACUGCCAGAGAUCUCAUUGAAAGGGCUUUGUACAGUUUUGAGUGUGCAUUCCACCCUGUGUUCAGCUUAACAUCAGGCACGUGUCGGCUGGACUACUGCAGACCAGAGAACAGGGGUUUUUAUUUGGCACUGUUCAAGCACAUACAAUUUCUGGAGAAGAGAGGUUGUCCCCGCACAGCCCUGGAGUACUGUAAACUGAUUCUGAGUCUGGACCCAGAAAAUGACCCCCUCUGUAUGCUGCUUUUCUUUGACUUCCUCUGCUUGCGUUGUCAUGAGUACAGCACUCUUAUUCGACUCUAUGAGGAGUGGGAGGUCCAUCGAAAUCUUUCCCAGCUGCCAAACUUUUCAUUUUCUGUGGCUCUUUCCUAUUUUCAUCUGAGCCAAGAUGAAGACAUUUCAACUGUGGAGAGCCAACAACUAAAGCAAAAGUCCAAUGUGCUACUGCAAAAUGCUCUCAUCAUGUUUCCUGGGGCACUGAUGCCACUUUUGGACUUAUGCACAGUUCACCUGGAGGCUGCGGUGUCUUCUCACAUAUUCUUUGGACCUUCAAGUCAAAUCGAACAGCCACCUGCACUUUCUGAGUUGGUGUCCCUAUAUGUGGGCCGGUGUCAUAGCCUGUGGAAAGAGGCUGGAGUAAUGGACUGGUUGGAAGAGAAUGUCAGAGAAGUGCUAAAAAGAGUUGACACACAUGACCCUUUUGUAGAAGACUGCCAAAACAAGAGGAAGCAGAGAUACCAGAGUGCUCCCAGGAACAUCCAUAGGCAUGUGCUGUUGUCUGAGAUUAAGGAGGCAACAGCUACUCUUCCACUAGAAGUGACCACUCAGCCAGGAAUGGGAUUUGACCCUCUUCCUCCUCUGAACUCCAUUGUGUCUUACACCAGACCAGAAAGGCAGAGCAUGGGGGCUUCAAAUGAAAGCACAUUUUCUUUGUUUUUCCGUUCAUUGCUACCAAACUUCAACCUACAGAGGCCUGAAGAAAGACAGGAUGUUGCCCGUGCUGGUGAACUAAAUCAAGAAGUUAACAGACUCAUGGUUGCCAUGAGGGACAUGUUGGCUAACAUCCAGUUUCAUGAACCUCAGUGGGAGGACAACCAAGACAGAGACGAGGAGGAAUGGGACUAACAGAUUAACAAGGUUGUGAUUUUUCAAAUGAAGUUGAAUGACAAAUUGAAAAAGCACAAAAGAGGAAUUUGUAUGAUCUGCUCACCUUAAUUUUGAAUAAAUCCAAAUUAUUCAUACCUUGUGGACAACUGAAUUGUGCUCUACAUAUUUUUAUAUGAAGGGCCAAACAUACUGAUGUAUGUCUUAAAUGUCUUAAAGGUUCGUUUUUUUUAUUAUUAUUAUUAUUAAAAACCUUUUAACCUAUGCUUUCCUGAUAAAUUUCCUGAAAUUUAUAAGCAUCUAUAGUAAGUUGAGCCACCAUGCUUAUUACACAAACAGUCAACACGGAAUAUUAGUAAAAAAAAAAAUCAUAUUCAAUGCUUUAUCAAACUAUAUUGACUCUAAAUUUUCAAUAAACUGCUGAAAAUGCUGCACAAUAAA